GUUGCAUUCAUCAUUUGGCUCAGGGCUUGAACUGUACUCAUCGUUUGAAAUCCAGGAUACACAGAUCUAAUGAAGAUGAAACUGUGGAUGGAUGGCGCUUGUAUUCUCUACAUAUCUCUUCCACUUGCUUUGGCCCUUCAAUGCCAGGAGUGUACGAACUUUCCGGGAAGCUCAGGAUCCAGCCCGUGUGACAGUGAGCCUGGCAGCAUGGCCUGCGGUCCGUACCAUGAUAGGUGCAUGACCGUUAGGGUAUCUUAUCCUUUUUUGGGCUCCUUCGAGAUCAGGAACUGCUCCUCUAGCAUCUCGUGUGACCCGAACAGUGAAUUCUACCUGUGUAACUUUGGCGGCACGUCUGACUGUUCUGUGGACUGCUGUGGGGGUGACAUGUGUAAUAGAAUUUCUGGAGAUGCAUACUCUGGCCGUUCCGCAGCUUUUCUUCACAAGUUGUUUCCAGAACUGAAACGUGUGCCAUAAUAAAUAAUUUUAAUUGAUUGAUAUUUACAAGAUAUUGAAUAAUCAGUCCCAACAUCGCAUGCCAGAGCGCAAUAAACCCUAUGUUUUAAGAAGUCUCCGGCUCUGACGUCACCUUAGCCUGGGAGGAAGCUCUCUUUGGGUUGUGGGGGGUGGGGGGGGGGGAAGGGAAGGAGAGGGAGGGUUGCAAGCUCUCCUUCUCCCCUUUCCUACCUUAUCUCCCAAGAUAGCUUACUCAUAGGCUAACGUCAACCUGUGGUACGUCAUGUUGUAACGACAACAACAGCUUCAACUGCAGUGAUUGUCUGGCUUUUGUUAGCGUAACAGCGCAUUUCAUUGUUUGUACCCUCAACGUAAUAAAUAAAAACACCGAUUUGAUGCC